CUGCGUCGAGUUAUUUUUGACAAUAGAAACCGUUGCUUUUUUGCUUUGUUCGAAGAAGUGGAAAUACCAACAACGCUAGGCCGGCCCAUGCAGCAAGCCCGGCGCCUAACCGGGGGAUGGAGGGGGGGGAUACACACAAGACGCCUGCUGCUAAGCUUUAUAUGGAGCAAGGGUAGGGGAAGAGAUGCAUAUUCACACACGUUGUUGCCGGGGGCAUGGGAACAUGUGGCCGGCCCUGGAUCGAGAGAGAGAGAGAGUUUCCACUUACAUGGACGCCAUGCAGAGGGAAAUGGAAUUGUGAAACUCGCCCUGUUAGGCGGCCCCGCUGCGGGAGGACAGGUUGGGAACCAUUCGGAAAAGCCUGUCCAGCUUGUUGACGAGUGAGGCAAAACAUGUUUGUGUGUUGUCGGUCACGUCACGAUGAAAAGGCUGACAGGAUUCGGGGGGGAGGGUUUCACAAUGAGAGCCUCAGACGUCAAGUGUCCUACCAACAGAGAGAGAGUCCUACAGUACAAGGCAGCAGCCGUGGCAAAGACAAACAAGUGAUGAGCAACACAACCAGACGAUUCCUCAUGGCCUGGGGUUAUUUUCUGCAAUGCUCUUGUUUUGGGUCUCUCGUCACACCCCUGUCACCGCUAAGAUUCGAUAUUGAUGGUGGGGAGCGGCGUCUGAUUCGUCGGUCGCGUCACAGGCCGGCGGCUAAACAAGGUUGGGGUCUAUUUUUAAAGACGGGAUUCUGGAUGGUGAUUGGUCGGACGAGUCUUUGUCGAUGCGCUGGGAAACCUUGUAUCGAACAAUCUGCAUGAUUUGCUUAGCGUUGGUGUUUCCGAGAGUUGGUUGGGAUUGUGAUGCGAUGGGCAAGGGGGGAAAAGAGAGUGCGGGUUUUUUCUAGAAUGGGGUUAGGUGAUGUGAUA